AUGGGUGUGCGAAAUGUGGGGGUGUGCGAGAAGUGGGUGUGCGACGUUAACACUUUAGAAGCCUCUGUUGUUUCAGUAAGAAGAGACUCGAGAUCUGUACCAGCAAACGAUCAGGUUUUGUCAGUUUAUACGAGCCCAUUCAGCUUGCCUUCAACGACCAUAAAAAAUACUCACCAAAACAAACGGAAUUGGAUCUGGUUGGCACCAUCUUCAACAUGGUCCUUUACUGCUCGAUUAACCCUGAUGAUGGCGGAGAAACUCCAGUUGGAAACCCCCUUUAGCGCACCAAGUUUUCUUAACGACGAGAUAUACCCCCUAAGAUGGAAGGCCGCCGGAAUGGACGACCAGCCUGACAUCAACGGCCUACCCUCUAUCGAGCAUGCUCUUUAUCUCUACAACACCGUCAAGUUUCAUCUAGGUCAAAAUUACCAGUUCCUCGACGAGAAGUCUUUCAUCCAGAAUGUAGAGGACUUCUAUUAUGGGAACCCGGCCCAGAAGGCGACUGAAUCACGACUCUGGUUCGUCCAGUUCCUCUUGGUCUUGUCUUUCGGGCAGGCUUUUCUUUCAAGAUCAAAAACUCCAAAGGAGCCGCCAGGUUCCAAAUAUUUUAUCCGCGCCAUGUCCCUUUUACCGGACCCCACAUUGCUGUGGAAGGACAGUUUGUUGGCUAUUGAAGUUUUAGCCCUGGCCGGACUAUACCUGUAUUCAAUUUACCAAAGAGAAUCAGCACAGUUAUACGUGGCCCAAGCAAUACGCAUAGCUCAAUUAGAAGGGCUGCAUACACAACUACCAGAAGACGCCCUUGGGGCAGGUACCGUAGCUCGUUGUCGUAAUCUUUGGUGGACCCUAUAUAUAAUGGAUCGACACUUUUCAUGUUCUUUAGGUGUUCCAAUGAACACACAAGACAUUGACAUAUCGACGUUACUCGAUCCACCAAGCGCUUGCUCACAACAGGAUGCAACCCUUGGCCUACGAGUAAAGUUGUCCCAUCUCCUUUCCUCCAUCAUUAACACUGUAUAUAAGUCCGAAAAGAAGCCGUUAUGGGAGUUCCUCGAAGCUACCAGGUCUAUUGUCCACACACUAGCAGGGCAUGCUCAAGAAAUCGAGCGAAUUACCCGCGUCAAAUUCCAGAACUCGGUAGAUACUAUGCCAAAAGGCACAAGAGAUAUAACCUUACUCUAUCACCAGUGUGUGGUUAUUGCUACACGUCCGCUCUUUCUGUCUGCACUGAAACAUCAGCUGGACAAUUUUGAACGAGCACGAGAUUUGGAAAGCUUCUUGGCCCCUCUCACGCCAUUGAUGUCUACCGGCAUUAAAUCAGCUGUUAAGACUCUGCAGAUAUUAUCAGGAGAAGACAGUCUACUUGAAGUCUUUCUGCCUUUCGAUCUCGAAUACGCCUACGGUGCCGCCAUACAUCUCACAAUCGCAAAUGCCCUUUUCCCCUCUACGGCAGAUCUUGAUGGACCGACGCAUAGCCGGCAGGCUCAUGCAAUUCUAGACGACAUGAUUUACAAGGGUAACUCUGUGGCUGAAGUCCGUAAAGCUGAGUUGGUUCACUUGGAGUCCCUUUUCGGCGAGCUUGCUACAAGGGUUACGAUGCCCAAUCCUCUACCAACGAGUCUCCCAACACGCUUGAGGGACACAGAGCCAACAGUGAGCGAUGCUGAGUGCUCUACAACCACCGAACCCGAUCUGAUAUCCAUUACUACACUAAGCGAGUCUCAGUCCAUCUUUUGUGCUCCAGAGACACCAAACAACGUUGCAUUUCUCGACAGCAUCGGGAUAUCAUCUGAUGACUUUCUCUCCAUUGUAGAGCAGAUGGAUAAUCAAGAUGACAUUGACCUUCCUUUCACAAUGUUGGACUUGGGGCAGUUUUGGAAAUAG